UCUCGCGGUUCGUAUAAAUAGAUUUCGAAUUACCAGACUGCUCUCAGUUGAAAUUGAGCUCAGUGACUGGAAACUGCAUCAUGAGAACGACGUUUGUUUUGAUUAUUUUUGUUGUGAGCAGUUUUUUAGCCGCCACAAAUGCGCAGCAGAAUUAUGAUGGAAGAAAUGGCCCCCACCAAUUCGGAACACCUGGAAACGAGAUCUAUAUAAGGGGUCAAAACGAAGGACCCUACACAGUUCCCGGCGUGGGCGGUACCUUCCAGAAUUCACCCGCAAGUGGUCAACAUGUUUACACCGAUGAACAGGGGAAUACCUACACUCACACUCAUUCUUCAACGACGAAUGAAAUGAUUUCGGCUUCUUCACCUUUGGGAUUCAGCGCGGGCGGCGUCUUACUUUUGUUACUCAGUUUAAUUACCAUUUAAUUGGCUGUUUAAAUUUCAAAUUUUCCAAUUUAUUAAUUAAGCACAGUGUUUAUCGUUACCCUCCAUAGAAAUUCACUUUUAAAUGUGCGUACAUUUAAAUGUAGUAGCGCUUUUUAAUUUAGUCUGAGUAUACUUACACAUAUACACCUUUUGGGUAAAUAAUCCCAUUAUGCAUACCAAUUUUUAGAAACAAUGCAAUUGCUAAUACAAAAAAAUACAUUAAUUUUUUGUAGAACAUUCAAAAAA